AUGACGUCUUCGUCUAAGAAUGCAUUGACACCAUACUUGAAGAAAUUGGUAGUACACCCACCAACUUUGGAACCUAAAGAUUUGUCAGAGGCCCUUGAACUUAUUUUUAGCGAUGUCCCAUCUGAUAUUCAAACUGCAGCAUUUUUAAGCUCUUUAAGGUUGAGAGGACUAGAUCAAGAGCCUGACUAUAUUGCUGCAGCCGUCACAACAGUAUUACAUUUUGCCAAAACCAUUCCGCCCGAGUUGGUUGAUUCCAAAGGAUACAUCGAUAUAGUUGGAACAGGGGGUGAUGGCCAAAAUACGUUUAAUGUUUCUACAUCAUCUGCGAUUGUGGCUGGGGGGAUGGGUUUACCAGUGUGCAAACAUGGUGGGAAGGCUUCAACUUCGUCUUCGGGGUCUGGUGAUUUAUUAAAGUCGUUGGGAGUGGACUUGUCCCAUGUAAACGAGGUCACCACACCGGAAAUUGUUAAAAAAUCAAAAUUUUGUUUUCUAUUUGCACCUUCCUUUCACCCAGGGAUGGGCUUAGUUGCUCAUAUUAGAUCGGAGUUGGGUGUGCCUACUAUUUUCAAUAUUUUGGGUCCAUUAAUCAACCCAAUACCGCUUAGAGCCAGAGUCUUGGGAGUGUAUAGUGAAAAAUUGGGUGAAUCUUAUGCCCAAGCAGCAUCAUUAUUGGCAAUGAAAAGUCAAACACAUGAAAAAACAAUGGUUGUUUUUGGAGAGGUCGUUCUUGAUGAAAUCUCGCCAAUUGGAUACACAAAGACAUGGACAAUUGAUAAAAGUGGUAAAAUUGAACGUAGUAGAAUAUCGCCAAAGGAUUUUGGGUUGCCAGAACAUGAUUUAUCUACAGUGAAAUCUGGAACACCACAAGAAAAUGCUGAAACAUUAUUACAUAUUUUAAAUCAAGAUAGCGAUGAAUUUAAAGUGAAGCAAGACGGUAAUAACCACCCAUUGGUUGAUUAUAUCUUAAUGAAUAGUGCUGCAGUUGCUGUUGUAUCUGGUAUAGCCGAAAAUUGGGUUGACGGUGUGGCGUUGGCUAAAAAGUCCAUUGUAAGUGGUGCUGCCAAGAAAGCACUUGAAGAUUUUCAAAACAGUUCAAAAGAAGUUUUAUAG